GUCACAAAAAGCGUCCACCGCGCUAUCUCCCACAGCUAAUCUCUCAUCCGGUUCGUCAUAUUUAAGUAUAACAAACAUACCUUAAAGAGGCAAGAAACCGUUUGGAGUAAGAUGAAGUUGAAUAACGUGAUUUUGCUAAGUGAGCACUCGGCCGUAGACACGAACCGGCUGGACAUCGAUAUCGAAGAUGGAAAGGUUCGUCGGGUCCGUCCUUCAGAACAUGUAGCUAGCGAACCUCCCAAGGUCCUACUGCCAGCCCUCUGUCACCCACAUAUCCACCUUGACAAGCCUUUCGUAUUAACCUGCAACAACAACAACAACAACAACAACAACAACCCCUCCGAGAAUUAUCCCGACUACUCUGAUCUUCUGCCCGAAACUGGCUCCUUUGACGAGGCCUUAUCAAAUACCUCUAAAGCGAAAGAGCGUUAUUCCAAGGAGGAUCUCUACCUUCGAGGUAGUCAGCUUUUAGCAGAAAGCUACAAGCACGGCGUGACAUCUCUCCGCGCUUUUGUAGAGGCAGACCACGUCACCGGGGUGUUGCCACUGACCACAGCUAUUCAACUCAAGUCUGAGUUUUCUCAUCUGCUAGAGAUUCAAAUAUGUGUGUUUGCCCAAGACCCCCUUUUCUCUGGCACGUAUGGUGAGGCAAAUCGAUCCGUCAUUGCUUCGCUCCUCAAAGAUCAUGCCAGGUCGGUCCAAGCCCUUGGAACAACCCCCUAUGUCGAGGAGUCGCGAGAGAAAUCGCUCCAAAACAUUGACUGGGCUAUUGAAACUGCCGUUCGAUAUGGUUUACACUUGGACUUCCACUUGGACUAUAAUUUGUUUCAACCUUCCCCCUCCAACCAGCCCCUAACAUUUUCAGUUAUUGAACUGCUCCAGAAACAAGACUGGCUUGGUUUAGCUGAUAAGUCCAAAACCGUGGUUCUCGGGCACUGCACGCAACUGACUACGCUCAGCAACUUGGACCUCGAGCAGUUAGCCGGAACCAUCAUUCAAAGCAGGCUUCCAAUCUACUUUGUUGGAUUGCCUACUAGCGACAUGUUCAUGAUGGGUCGGUCGACUUCAGCAACGAACACGCCGCAAGCGCGGCUGCGUGGUACUUUACAAGUGCCUUCCAUGAUUAAGGACCUCGGCAUGUCUGCCUGUAUCAGCGUGAAUAAUGUUGGGAACGCCUUUACUCCUUUUGGAACUGGCGAUCCCUUACAGCUGGCAUCAUGGGGAGUAGGCGUCUACCAAGCCGGAACUAUAAGUGAUGCGAUGAUACUCUAUGGUUGUGUAAGCUGGCUUGCCAAAAGAGCUAUCGGCGUCGAGGGAGAAGCGGGAUACAGAGACAUAAUCGAAGGCCAGUCCCUGCGGGGCAUGCUUUUAAUCAGUAAUAAAGAACACACUAGACUGCCAGGAGGCGCCAACGGCUCUGAGCUUAAGAUUCCAGCGAGACAGCGGACGAGUUUCAAAGACAUCGUAUGGGACCCACCCGAUGUCGAGCUGAGAUCAAUCGUUAUAUGAAUCCAUGGAUCAUAAGCUCGAUAUUAGUGAUUAUAGUUUCCACGUCUGUUCCGAAACGUGGCAACUGAGAAAUACGUGAGCAGAUAU